AUGGAUAAUACAACGGUUCGUGCAAAGAAAUCUGUCAUUAAUGGGAAAUAUGUGGAUGACUUUAAUUGUGCAAUUUGUCAUGAAGUGUAUGAAAACCCUAGAUACUUGCAGUGUAAUCACUCAUUCUGUCUCAAAUGUAUUAUAGAUUAUAUUCGGAAAAGACUUCAUGAAAACGGUUUGGAAACACACUUUUACUGUCCAUUAUGCAGAGCAGAUAUCAAUAUUUCAAUGACGAACAUAAGAAAGCUUAUAAACGGCACGAAAACUUUGGAAGAAGAUGACGUGAAACACAUCUUUCCAAGGAACAUAGCACUUGCCAGUGCAACGGAGAACUUAAACAUUGAGCGAGAAUUUUGCACUGAACAUCCAAACAAAAUUUAUGAUCACUUUUGUGCGGAUCACGGAUUUCUGUGCUGCAGCAAGUGUAUUUUGAAAACACACAGAAGCUGCAUACGUGUCAUUGAUAUAGACGAAUGUAGUCAAAAAACGUUCGAAGAACGUUUGUGUGAUUCACAGCGACAUUUGUUUGCAAGGUACAUGAUCUGUUACCAAAAACUGGCGUCACUACAUAACGCAAAACAGAGUAUGUUGAUUUCCUUAGAAAAUUUGAAAUCAGAUGUAAUAGAUACUAUCACAAAAGCACAAGAUAAGGUGAAACAGCUUGCAGAAAGAGAAAUCGAAAAUGUCAAACAGUGGCGUGGACCACCGCAAAAACCAAUCCCAUUUGGCUUCUCCUGCAAUAAGCAAACAUUCAUUUUGGAAAUACAGAACAUAGCAUCGAGAAUAACAGAUUGUAAAAAGGCGAAUACAAUUGACAAUUUAGGUGCAAAAUUAGCUGUACCCAUACAAGAUGUCAGAACAGGCAUUAAACGGAAACUUGAUUCUGCAGGGUUAGAUGCUGCAAUGGUGGUGAAGCGCGUGAUGCCAGUUAAAGUUGGUAUAGUGGUCGAGGAUACAAAAUUCAACCAGAAACCGUUUUAA